AAUAUGAUAUGUUUAAAUUUCACAAUCCACCAACUGCAUUUGAAGAAUCACUUGUCUACAAAAAUCUAUAUUAUUUAUCGCAACCUAAAAAUGAUAUAAAUAUAUAUUUUUGGAGAUUUAACAGAGUUAUAAGGCAACCCAUAAGUUCACCAUUUUUAGGUUAUCUUGGUUAUUCAUUACAUAAUGGGAACGAGAAUCAACCAUAUAUCGAAUCAGAUUUGCAGGCUGUCCCAUUUAUUUUAAGCUUACUAGGUAUUAUCGGUGGUAUUUGGAGUUCUAUGGUAGCUUUUUAUGUGUUUUUAUUUGGGCUUGGCAUAAUCUCUCCAUGGGGUUUUGUACAAAGAUCAAAACCAUUCAAAGAUGCAUAUAAAGAAAAACUCUCUCUAUUGGCAUUGGAUUUACAAUCUGAUGAACCUGAUAUUAAUGAAAAACCCAACAUUAAAGAAUUUGAGAUUUCCUCAAUGCGAAAACGACUUGAUAAUUUCGAAAAGAGACUCCAAUUCUAUGAAAAUAUUGUCGAUACCUCAAUAUUAACUUCUGACAAAACAAAUGCAUCUCCGACUACUGGCAGUAGCAUUUCUCCCUGA